GUGCGGAAUCGUGCAGGUUUUUUAUUUUUAUUUUUAUUACUUCAUCUUUUUUUAGGAGGGGGAACGGGGGGCCAUAUGACAGGAAGAUGGGGAUAUGGCGAGGAGAGGAGGAGGAGGAUGUGGACGAGGAGGACGACGAGGAUAGCGACAACGAGGAGGAGGAGUUGAGAUGGGGGAGGAGAAGAGAUGGGCGGAAGGACAAGAGGAAGGGCAGGAGGAGGAGUGGGAGGAGGAGUAGACAUGGACGGCGAGGAAGGGGAGGACACGAGGAAGGGAAAGAGACGAGGAGGCAUGACAGAUGAGGAAGUACGAGGAGGAGGAGGAGACAAGGAGAAUGAGGAAGGGCAGGAGGAAGAUGAACAGCAGGAGGAGGAGGAGGAGGAGGAGGAGGAGGAGGAGGAGGAGACGAAAAGGCCAAGGGAGGAGGAGACAUGGAGGAUGAGGAAGGGGAGGAGGAGCAAGGGGCCAUACUAAUAGUAAUUACCCUUCUCUGUAUCAUUCCAGUUUAACAAUUUUAACGG